GCCAUUUGCUUCCUCAACCGUUUAAAUCUUCAAAUACGCUGACACACCCCACCAUUACUCAUUUACUCCUCAGCUUCGCCACCCAAAACCCUAGCUCUCACCUCCUCUACCCCUAACCAUGAUUCCUCACGCGUACGCCACCGACGCUCAGCACAAAUCCGAAGAGCUCGCUUCCAUGAUUCUCGCUGCCUCGUCGCCGCCCAAAAUCGUCGAUGCGUGCGCCGCCGUGGAGUCCUUCCUCCGCCACCACUCCGCUGAUCAGAGCCGCUGGUUCUUCUCCGUCACGCUCCCGACCCUAAUUUGCAAAAUCUUUGGCUUCAAUGACUCCCUGUCGUCUAAACCUAGCUCGUCCACUGGCUGGAUUGACAUCGUCUGCGCAUCCAAUGAUGCAGACCUGGCAGGUAGGGUUUUCAAUCUUCUGUCUCCGAAUGGUGUUUUGAUGUCUUCAAUUUCUUCCGUUGAUCGUCUUUCCCUCGUGAAAUAUGUCUUUCCAAUCGAGCGGCUGCCUGAGUGGGUUAGGUUUAUGCUUUCCAGUGAGCGAGAUCGUCGAUUGUUGCCGGAAUUGUGUCCUCUGUUCAAGGGUAGGUUUGAGGAGGACCCUGUGAAAGGUUCUGUGUCUCAGGUUCAGUUGAAUGUGUUUGAGUAUUACAUGUUUUGGUUUGCGUAUUACCCCGUUUGCCGAGGUAACUCUGAUAAUUCUGAUGCCAUCCCAGCUCAGAGAGGUCGAAAAUUUAAGUUAGAGAAUUGGGCUUCCUCCUUUCCGGUUUUUGUAGGUACUCGGCGUGGGCCGGAACAAAAGGUUGAAUGUAGUUUGUAUGUACGUCUUCUGUAUGCAUAUCUUCGUUCGAAUGUGCUAAUACGUGAUUCGAAUGCACACCAACCUUACCGGAGCUCACUGCUUCAUUAUCCUUCUGGUUAUGAUGGUUCUAUUGAACUACAAGCAGAGUUCUUUGUUAAUACAUUGAUACAUUUUUGGUUGGUUUACAAUGAUUUCUCUUCGUUACCGAUGAACGUGUGCAAGUCAUUUGGUGUUUCGUUUCCAUUACGAACAGUUUUGGGUGAAACCCCGCCAGUGCCUGGGUUGGGUGACGUGGUUAAGUUGUUUGUAAAGUAUUUGAACAUGAGCUCAGUUUCAGUCACAGAAGUGUCUGAUACAGUUGACAGUUCUGGCAGUCCUAGGUGGAGGAUCUCAAGUUCAAUUGAUGUUUUGAAGUCCAGGGAUGCUGUGUUGGCAUCACCAUCUAUGAGUUCUUGGAAUUCAUUGAUUCAAAGGCCAUUGUACAGAUUUAUAUUGAGGACAUUUCUGUUUUAUCCUGCGGCAAUUUCUAUGAAAAAUGCAUCUCAAGUGUUUUCCCUGUGGAUUAGUUAUAUGGAACCUUGGGCGGUUGGUAUGGAAGAUUUUGCGGAGUUUGAUCGGGUUGUGGAUAGGUCUGCUAAUAUUUUUAGAAAGGAGGAUGCUAAGUCACCUUCAUGUGGAUAUUCAUCGACCUGGCAAGGCUACAUACUGUCUAACUAUCUUUUUUACAGCUCCUUGGUUAUGCAUUUUAUUGGGUUUGCGCACAAGUUCCUUCACACUGACCCAGAAGUAAUAGUCCAGAUGGUACUGAAGGUUAUAAGCAUAUUGAUGUCAUCUACUGAGCUAAUUGAUCUUAUGAAGAAAACAGAUACUCUAUUUCAUUCGAAGCAAACUGGAUCAGCCAAAGUGAUGCUUAAUAGCUUGUGCAGAUUUGUACCACAAAUUCGGGAACAAUUGCAGGACUGGGAGGAUGGCUUAUGUGAGAGUGAUGCUGAUGGAUCCUUCUUGCAUGACAACUGGAAUAAAGAUUUACGACUUUUUAGUGACGGUGAAGAUGGUGGACAACAACUGCUUCAGCUGUUUAUAUUGCGUGCGGAGUCUGAGUUGCAAGCAAUGUCUGGUGAUAAUCUUGCACACAACCUUCAGUGCAUAGACACUUUGAAGGCCCAGUUGGGCGGCUUGUUUGGGGGUGAUAUCACAAAGCCGAUGCUCAUCACACCAGAAACAAGACAGUGUCAGCGAUCCCGUGAAGAAAUAUUCAAACCCAGAAGAGUUGGCAACUGUGCGAUGGCUGAUAUAAAAUACAAAGGUGACUGGAUGAACCGCCCCAUCUCCGAUGAUGAGGUUGCGUGGCUUGCAAAAUUGCUAGUUUGGUUGUCAUGUUGGUUGAAUGAGAAUCUAGGGCUCAACCAGUUAGAGAGCAGGGAUGCAGGACUGAGGAUGUCCUAUGUGGAGGUAUCAAGUGAUAUUAUUGGCAAGGUGUGUGGGCCGACAGAAACCGCGAAGAUGGUACUGUGCUCAAUUGGUUCUUGGCUUCUCAUGGUGGGUCUGGGGAUGGUGAGAUUAAUGAGAAGAUAUGGUCUGAGGGUGAACCUGAGGGUUUUGGCCUCCAAGAAGGUUGUGAUGGUUUUGCUUAUGUUGGCUGCUGUGAGCAUUUUGAAGAAUGCUUUUGGGCUGUUGAGGGUGUAGGUUGGAGAAAGGGAAGAUGAAAUGUUCUAAAAAAAAAAUAGGAAAGAAUACAAAUAGAUCUUUUGUUUUUUGGUGGAGCUUUGUUGCUUUGUUGUAAAUAAGUGACAAUUUUGAGAUUGAAAGAUCUCGUGAGCAGUUUUGUCAUAUAUGUUUUGUGUAAUCAAUACGUCGCGCCUUUGUUGGCAUCA